AUCGAAAAGCUCUAAAUCGACAGGAGCAACAGCGACGAGGACGACAGUCACUGAAGAUGCCUACUGUCAGCGUCGACAAGGAGCGCUUCCUGCAGGCCCUCGGAGAAAAGUACACUACCAAGGAGUUCGACGAGCUCUGCUUUCAGUUUGGAAUUGAGCUCGACGAAGAUACUACAGAGGACGUGAAGGGCACCGAUGAGAGACCUUCUCUGAAGAUCGACAUUCCCGCCAAUAGAUACGACCUCCUUUGUCAUGAAGGCAUUUCUAGAGCGCUGCGCGUCUUCCUGGGCAAGGAGCCCCAACCCGUGCUCAAGCUCAGCCAGCCAUCGCAGAUGGUCGAGCUGAACAUCCACGAUAGCGUCAAGAAAAUCCGACCAUAUGCUUCAGCUGCUAUUCUGCGAGGGGUCAAGUUCACGCCGGAGAAUUACGCUUCGUUCAUCGACCUGCAAGACAAGCUCCAUCAGAACCUUGCGCGGAGGCGGACUUUGGUUGCAAUUGGCACACAUGAUCUUGGCACCAUCGCAGGACCUUUCACUUACGAGGCUCUUCCACCCCAAGAGAUCAAGUUCGCGCCCCUCAAUCGCCCUGGCCAGGUCAUGGACGGCGUCAAGCUCAUGGAAGUUCUCGAAACAGAUCGCCACCUCAACAAAUACCUCUCGAUCAUCCGUGACAGCCCGGUGUACCCUGUGAUCCUCGACAAGAGCAGGACAGUAUGCUCUCUUCCUCCCAUCAUCAACAGCGAGCACUCCAAAAUCACCCUCGACACAAAAGACGUCUUCAUCGAUAUGACGGCCACCGACGAGACAAGGCUCGAGAGCGCUAUGAACAUUCUUGUCGCAAUGUUCUCGGUGUACUGUUCGGAACCUUUCACGGUGGAGCCCGUCAAAGUCACUUAUCAAGACGGACGGAGCUCGGUGCAGCCUAGCUUGGCGCCGAGGAAGACUACGGCGAGGGUUUCGUACAUCAACACAUGCACGGGUCUCUCGCUCAAGGCAGAAGAAGUGGUGGGGUACCUGAAGAGGAUGGGCCAUGAUGCAUCCUUGUCCAAGGAGAAGCCAGAAGAGGUCAUCGACGUCGAUAUCCCCUGCACACGACCCGAUGUCUUGCAGGAGUGUGACCUGAUGGAAGACGUAGCCGUCGCCUUUGGCUUCGACAAUCUUCCGCGGCGAUUCCCAAGCACAAACACUAUUGCGGCGCCCUUGCCCAUCAACAAGCUCAGCGAUCUUGUUCGUCGCGAGUGCGCUUAUGCCGGGUGGAUCGAGGUCCUGCCACUGAUUCUCUGCUCGAGGGCUGAGAACUUUGCGGCGUUGCGGAGAAAAGACGACGGGAGCGCUAUUUCUUUGGAGAAUCCCCAAACGGCCGAGUUCCAGGUCGUCAGAACAUCUCUCCUGCCUGGCGUACUCAAGACCGUACGUGAGAACCGCAAGCAUGCGCUUCCCCUUCGUACCUUUGAGGUCUCCGAUGUGGCAUUCAAAGAUGAGGUGACGGAUCCAGAAAGGUGCGCCCGCAACGAGCGGCACGUCACGGCCGUCUACUGCGACAAGAGCGCAAACUUCGAGGUUGUUCACGGCCUCCUCGACCGUUUGAUGCGCGCACUUGAUGUGCCUAGAAUUUCAAGAGACGAUAAAGCGGCCAAGAGGGGCUACUACCUCGCGGAAACGGACCACCCUACAUUCUUCCCUGGCCGUGCAGCAUCUAUCUUCGUGCGCGGUUCCACGACUUCAGUAGCAGAAGAUGCCUUGUCGUCGCAUGGGCCGCCGGCAGCGCCUAUCCUCGAUUCUGCCGUGACGACAAAAGCCACAUCUGGAUCGACCGACAUUGCCCAGCCGAAAGCGGAGCAGGACGAGUCUGCUUCUUCCAAGGUUACCAACACUCUGUCGUCGGCAGCUGAUUCGCUUGGAAAGGCAUUGUCGGAUAUUGUUUCUGGCAAGACGGCCUCGAACGUCGCUCAGAAGGUCAGGCAAGGUGGCGAUGUAGACAUCGGCCUUAUCGGUGUGUUGCACCCUGAGGUCCUGAGCAGCUUUGAGCUCGACUAUCCAUGCUCGGCUCUGGAAUUUGACCUAGAGGUGUUUCUGUAAUGAUAAACGCAAUUAGACCAUACAGAAUGCUGUC